AUGGGGCAGUUUAUACAGGGUAAUCCCUAUGUACGACGAGCUAUAAAAAGCCAUAUCCUUGGAGGAUGCGGUGGUUGGGCCAAAGAAAACGCUAAUAAUGACUGGACUUUCCAAAAAAUAGGGCAACCCAGCCCACGGCGCAAGAACACACUAAAAUGGUGUGAUAUUCUUCCGGGUUUCUGGACGAAGGAAGUUUGGUCACCAAACUCUCCCGAUCUCAUUCUUUUGGAUUUGCUCUUUUAA